AGCCGUGAAGACGAGUAGACUGGUGGUUAGCAUACGUUAAACAGCUUUUAAAAUCCUACCAAACGUUUAAAUAGUUAACCACACAGUGGUCAGGCGGUAGUUUCAUUUAAAGUCCAUAUCUCGAUGGAUAUUGAGGUCGAUAUAAUUGAGUUCAAAGUCCCACUCGAAAACAACAAAACAAUUUUUAUCUGGGACAUCCAGCCUACAUUUACAGAGGCCUAUAUUUAUGAGUCCCUGUGGAGCGUGUAUUCGGCAUUUGGAGAUCUUUACCUGCUGAAAGUGUGUCCCAAUGCCACGGUGGCUGAACCUGGGUUUUACGCCUUGGUGAAGUUUUACUCAUCAGCUCAGGCAUCUAAAGCACAGCGGGCCACUGAUAAACAGUGUCUCUUCCAGAGCUCUCCUUUAAAGGUCCGACUGAGCACAAAGCAGAAUCUGUCCUUCUAUAACAGUAAACCUCUCAGCUUAUCCAAAUGUCACAACCUUGCCAAUCACUAUCUGGGCUUCGGCGGCUGGACUACUCGCAUUGUCACUUUGAAGGAUCUCUCAAACUGCACAGACGCUGGAUGCCAAGAAGAAACAGGCCACCAGGAUGUGCUUUUGAAAUAUGGCUGCAUAAUGGAGUUGAGCUUCCCACAUCAUGGUGUGAACUGUCAGGGGGUCGGUGUGGCAGAGGAGGUUCUUGACAGUGAUCAGGAUCCAGAGGAAAAGCUGAGAAAAAGGGGGGCACUAAUGAAACGAGCCAAAGAUAAAGCUGUGGGGGUUGCGUUUGAAAAAGUGCUGCUCAUAAUCCUGGGAAAUGGGAAAGUAGCAAUUGAAAUCAAGUGUGAUCCAGAUGAGAUCCUUCCCGAAGAAAACUCAGGAGUCAUAAAAGUAAAUGACAUCUCCUGGACUGAGAUUGAAGGUGCUGACAGUAAUGCAGAGGAGGAUUUCCUAUGGGACUUCACAGAGGACCUUCCUCAUUGACACCCACUCAACACACCAAUGUUUUCCAGAUAAGUGACCACUGAAAACGGGACAUGGAUUCUUUUUAAUGUUUAGUAUUGACCACAAUGCCAUGGGUGUGCAGGAUUAUGGUCAGAUUUUAUGAUAAUCCUCUCAAUUUUAGUUCAUCUGACCUCAGGUUCCUCUUCUCUGUUUCUAAAGUGAUUCUCUGUUUUUUAUGUGGCUGAUACACCAAGGCCACAGGCUGGGGUUUUAAAGGUCAGCUCACAUUUCAAGUCAUUUCAGAAGGAUUUUAGGGAAGUUCAAACUUAAUUAUUGUUGUCCAUCUCUAUGUGUUUGGUGUAAUUUGGAAAUACGCACUACAUUAGAAUACCUAAAGUAUGUUUUAGUAUGUACUAAAUAAAUACUCUUUGUGUGUUGUGA